AUGUCUUCUCUGUCAUUACCGGAUCCUCGUCGAUCUCGCCUCCGCCAACAGAGCUGCCCCUUCCUGUCCUUGAAUUUUUCCGAACAGAGCUGCCCCUGCCCCUUCAUCGUCGACCUCACCUCCGCCAAUAGAUCUACUCACGAACUUGUCGCCUCUUCCAACACAGUCUCGAGAGAGAACGAAGAAGAGGAAGCGGUGAAGCAAGAAAAGAACGAGGCGGAGUCUGAGGGAGAUUGGAGGAGAUAG